AUGGAGCAGAAGACAAGACAGGAGGCCACUGGCCUUCUCUCUGGCGCUUACCGCGGCCCUGGAGACGACGAGAAGCAACACCAGGCCGCAAACCAUACCUCGUCGUCAUCCUCCUCCUCCAGGAGUAGCAGCGACAACUCCUCACACGCCGAUGAUGAUGCAUGGCGCUCGAGACCGGACGACUUCGACUCUGACUCGCCGUCGUCGUCGGCGUAUCCCAGCUUCAGAUCAAAUCACACACUCAACCGCCUCUUCUACUCGGUAGGCGGCGCGGCGCGGCGGCGCGCUCUCCUGGGGCUGGCGUCGCUGAUUCUGGUCUCGCUCAUGUUCUGGGGCUUCGGCGUGCAUACCAUCCUCCUCAAGGAAAAGGAAAAGUUCCUCCACAACUCUCAGCCCGGGAGUGGUGUCAUCCCGCCGCCGCCGCCCGCGGUGACGCCCACCUCACUCCCGUUCCUGAAUGGUGGCAGCCACGCCAACCCCGUCCACGACGAUCUGGCGAACCCUGUCCCGCCGGCGAAAGUCACGCCACCCACACAUGCUGCCCCGAAGCCAGACCCCGUCAAGGUCGAGGACAAGCCCGAGACCGCUCCGCCGCCGCCACCACCGCCUGCUCACGCGGUCGACGUGCCGGCCGGCACUCUCGAUGAGCAUGGCCACAACCGGAAGCCGUCCAACGAGUCCGACUUUUGCACGACCUGGCCCGUGGACGAGAUGGGCGGAUACAAACCCAAGGCGAUCCACGGGGACCAGCGCCACAAGCUGAGCAGCCACGCACCGGCGGGCGGCUGGAAGAAGCCCACGGGCUUCAAGAUCAUUGCCAUGGUCUUUUACGGGCGCAAGCGCAACGUCGACAUUCUCGACUGCUACCUGCGCCAGAACCUCGCGAGCAACGGCGGCUACCUCGACGAGAUCCGCUUCAUGGUCAAGACCACCAACGAAGACGACAUUGAGUGGCUGCGCGCCUUUGUCAAGACGGUAGAGGGCUACAAGUAUCAGGAUCUCGACCUGUGCACGACCCAGCAGGGAUAUGGCUGUAUCUGGGAGUACGCUGACGAGGACGACACUCUCUACAUCAAGAUUGAUGACGAUAUUCUCUAUAUCCACCCGGACGCCAUUCCGCAGAUGGUCCACACACGCCUGGCCGUGCCAGAGCCGUUUGCCGUCUCCGCCCAGCUCGUCAACAGUCCGAUUUCCGGUCUGCAGCAAUAUCACUAUGGCGCCAUCCACCCCUUCAUCCCCGAUCCGUACAGCCACCCGACCCGUCGCCCAGGCGAGGAGUGGCGGCCGUCCAAGUGGGGAGUCCUGGCCAAGGGCAUGAAGGCCUUCAUCGAUGGCGCCAACAUGGAGGUCCAGGCCUCGUACGACGGGCACCCGUGGGUACUCAUGACGGACUCGCUCGCCGACAUGACACCCCUCCUGAAGACGCCCAUGGGCGACUGGCAGGGCCAUCUCGCCGACGACCCUGCGUUUGGCCCCGGCUGGAAGAGCUGGGCCAUUGCUGCGCAGCAGGAGUACUCCCUGCUGUACAACAUCGAGCUCGACGAGAUGGACCGCUACCACUUUGGCCGUCGGAUCCGGUACGACAAGACGGCCCCUUCCCACAUGGCCACCGCGGCCGAGCCUCCGGCUGCCGCCGCGACACCAAAACAGCAACAACAGUCUCCUCGUUCCGCCAGCAUCGUCAACCCUCACCCGUCUACCGGCGGCGAGAACCUCUUUGACGUGCAGUUCAUGCGGUACAACCUCAACUUCGUCGCCGUCUGGGGCCGCGACGUCAAGCUGGGCCUGCCCGUCGGGGACGACGAGGCCGACUUUACGCAGUGGAUCCCCCGCCGCCUGGGCCGCCCGUUCGUCAUUGACACGCGCGCCAUUGUCGCGCACAACAGCUUCUUCACGCAGCACGGCGGCAUCAGGCAGACGGACCUGCUGGACCGCUGGCGCGCGGUGGCCAACGAGCUCGCAUGCAAGCCGGAUAACCUCAAGGUUCCCUGGGAUCUGCGGUGCAAGGGGUUUUAA